UUGUGUCAGUCUACUUUUUUAUCUGAUGGGUAUAACGAAAAUAAGAAGGUACUUACAAUAAUUUAUGUUUAGAAAUCAGGUUAUUUUAAUCUGCGCUGCUUAGCAAUCACCUGCAAUUAAUUAGUAGUUUCAUUGUGGUUAGAGUAAUGUGUCAAAAGAGUCAGUGUUUUUUCCCAUGGCGGUAGAACUUUGGGAUCGCGAGUCUUCCAUAGAAGUGAUAUUUCAUGGAAAUAAUAACGAAAAUGACGAAUCUAGUAGUAGAGAAAAAUUACUUGAUAAUAAGGCGAUGGUUACACCGCUGCCCUCUACAGGCAACGCCGCACAACCGCCAAACAGUGUGCGCCUGAACAUCACAGAUCCCGAAAAGAACAACGCAGCACAACCAGCGUCAUCUAGAAUACGGUUUAGGAAAAUCAAGUUGGCUUAUGCUAUAAACGCCACGGUCUGGGCUAUAGUCACAUCAUGUAUAAUAGUCCUCGAACUAGGCUACAUUCCUACAACGAAAACCGGAUUUUAUUGCAAAGAUCCAGCGUUAUCCCACAGCUUCACCGGUGACACGAUUAGCGCUACUACUUUAUUGGUAUCCUGUCUUUUGGUAGUACCUGGGUUAGUAUUAUUUCUCGUCGAGUACCUUAGAAAGGCGGCAGUAUCUAGACUAAGUUGGCGAGACGCUUGGUAUUUCUAUAAGGAGUACCUGGUUGGGUCCGCGCUAGUUCUUCUCAUUACAGAGGUAGCCAAAGUCCUAGUAGGAGAGCACAGACCUUAUUUUCUCGAAGUCUGUCAGCCCGAUGCAGCACAAAACUGUACAGAUGGACAAUACAUUUCGACUUACGAAUGUACCACGACAAAGUACAGUUUCUAUUUUAUGUCUGACACGUCACGAAGUUUUCCUAGUGGACACUCGUCGCUGAGUGUAUUUGCCGCUGUAUAUUUUUCGUAUAUAAUCCAAUCUCGUCUAACAACCCAAAAAAUUGGCCAAUUAUUCAAACCGUUCUUCAUCGCCUGUGUCAUUUGCUGGUCACUGGUAUGCUCCCUCAGCCGGAUAACUGAUAGGAGACAUCAUUGGUGGGAUGUGGGAGUCGGAAUGCUGUUAGGAGCCUUAGGGGCCGUCUAUUCAUUAAGUAUUAUUUAUAGGCAUCUUCACCAAAACACCAGUAUUCCUAGGGUGGCAAUGUCCACGACGACGCUGCUCGAUAUUAAGAAUAAGGACGCUAAGAGUGAAAUUAUAUAGUUAAAAGAAUUAUUAGUUUAAUGUAAGAGAAAAAUUAUGUAAUCAAUGGUAUUUUUGUAAAUGGCAUAUUGCUAUUGAAAAAUGUUCCUUAAAUGUGAAGACGUCAAUAUUUUUUGACGUUUCAAUGUACCAUAUUUUUUAGAAAUUUUUUGCACACAUGUUUUUGAGUGUUGCCUUAAAAAUGCUAAUUUUCUAUAAAAAUAUACAUGAUAUGUACAAUCUGACACAAAGCAUAGCUUUUACAGAUUUUUUUUGACAGUUUUUAAAUAUAGAUAUUAUUGGUUGUUUUUUUUUGUUGAUAAAAGUAAGUUGUAUUUGGCUAUUAUAUUAGCUUAUAUACCUAUUUGCUGUGUGGACUAAUAAGUAUUUAUCCGUUAAUUUAUUAUUUGGCUAGAUUCUGGACUUGUAAAUAUGAUGAUGUAAAUAUAUGCAAUUUUUAUAUAA